AGUUAAAUAACAAUUGAUACCUAUUAAGUAUUUGAUAACAAUCUAUCAAUCAAAUAAAUUCGAACAGGCAAACUUGCUACAUAUUUAGUGAUCUGUGAGGCAAACGGAGACAAUUCGUUGAACGUCAGUGAUAAAUUGGACGUCUUACUUUUCCAUGUUUUGCACGCUAGUAGUUAUAUUUGUGAAAUGAAACUGCAGUAAAAAACUAUUUCUUAGUUUUAUUUCAUAAGUUAUCGUGAUCUUUAAGGUUAGGUUAGCAACAAGGGUUAUCAUCUCCUAUUAUAAUGACCUCUGAUUACGAAAAGGGCGUUGAGGAAUUAAAAAGCAAAAUCAAAAGUUUUCCAGAUUUCCCUAAAAAAGGAAUAUUAUUUUGGGACAUAUUCUCAGCUUUAUCAGAUGGUAACACUUGUCGGUUACUUCAGAAUUUGCUGGUCCAGACUGUGAGAGAUAGAUAUCCUGAUGUUGAAGCCAUUGUCGGCUUAGAGUCUAGAGGAUUUCUGUUUUCUUUCUCUCUGGCUGCAGAACUAGGCCUAGGUUGCAUACCAGUGCGUAAAAAAGGAAAGUUGCCUGGUGACAUUGUGUCAUACAAAUAUGAUCUGGAGUAUGGCUCUGAUAUAUUAGAAAUACAGAAUACUGUUCGUCCCGGUCUCAAGUGCCUUAUUGUAGAUGAUUUAAUAGCGACAGGUGGCUCUUUGAAUGCAGCAGUGCACCUCUUGAAGACAUGUGGAGCAAACAUCGCUGGCUGCUUGGCAGUAAUAGAGCUGGUAUCUCUCAAAGGACGCAGUAACAUACCUGAUGGUAUCAACGUACAUUCCCUGAUAAAAUAUGAUUAGUCUCAAAAAUAUUACUAGGAAGAGACAAGUAUAUUAUGCUCAUAAUCUAGAUUUUCGAUUUCUAUGAAAUUAUUAGACUAAAACUUAUUUGGGUAUUGGGCAAGCAUUAACUGGUUUGUGGUACACAAAACAGCAUGACAGGUUGCUCAAUGUUGAAUUACUACAGUUGAUUUAGAAGUUUACCUUUUAAGAACUGUGAUUUAAAAUAAAGUGGAGGAAAUCAACAGUUUGUAUAACCUUGUGUGCUGUUGACUGUAUAUAUAGGUAUUGUUUUUUCUGUUGCAUUUAUUCCAAAUAUGUCUGAAUAUUAAAAUCUCAUAAAAUAGUUUUAAAAGUAUAAUUUUUAAUACAUUAAUUUUAUAUUGUGGAAUACACACUGAGGUGUAAGUUAAUUUUAGAGGGAGUAUGAUUAUAAUUAUUUGAAAAAAAAAUCACUUAGUUCAUCAGUCUAUGCUUCUACAUGAUUCAGAACAGGACUACAUGUUUUAUCAAGAAUGUUGCCAAGAUGUGAACUGAAGAAAUAUUAUCAAUCCCUGCUUUAUAAACUAUUAAUGAUUAGUUAAAAAGAGACAGUUAUAAGUAAUGCACACAUUUUAUCAAUAUUUGUAUAAGCUAUAUAAUAUUGUAUAUAGAACAUCUAUUCUACUCGGAAUAUGUAUCUCAAUGACUCAUAUAAGGUCCCAUAAAAUUAUAUUCUUCUAAACGCAAAUAUAUAGUCAUAGUAAUAAAUAUGUAGUCCAUGGACAUUGAGGUGUAUCUAUAAGUAUACUUAAGGGUAUAUUAACUUGUAUGCAAGUCUUUAUGUUUUGUUUAUCACCAUCAACAGGGCCAUCUAUCAAUGUUUUAUGUCUUUCAUUUGAUGUCAUAAUAACUCAUACAAAAAAAUAGCAAUAAAAAUGUUUACAAUUCUUUUCGUAGUGUCCGGUUUCGCGUGUAUGUCUCGUCGUGUGUAGGUGCUAAAAUAAAAUAUAACCAAUCCACCCUGCAUUCCAUACUGUGUAGGGCCCAUGGCGGAUUAGUGGCGCUAAAGCAUGAAUAUUCUUAUGGAUGAAACCAAACCGCCCAACACUCCUGAAUUAUUUUUGUAGUUUUGCAUGUUUCCAUAGCUAUGGUAAUUUGGAGGGUAACAUUUUAUGGCUCCUUGUGGUGUAUGUAUACAUAUUUUUGACCUUGACUGGGUACCAAAUAAAUUGUUCAUUAUUUAUGUUCCAAUCCAAUAUAUUUAUUGUUAUUAAGCGUCAUUCGUUUAUUAUUACGUAAGAUUUUCGACAGUUCUCCUCUCAUGCCCAAGAAGAAAUAAGAAUCGGCUGAGCCACAAGAAAAUGAAUGAUUAAAAGGAAAUGUUAAUUUAUUAACAAUUCCUUGGAAUGGAAAGGAAUUAAUUGAUAUUGUAAUUUAAAAAAUAAAUAUUAAUGUUUUUUAGGUAUUCAUUCAUAAUCUUUAUAUCUUAUAACUUAGUGUAUAUUGUGAUCUUACGGUACAACUAUUGUUUCUGUCUCUCCCACAAGAAAGAAAAAAUUAAGGCAUUGUCGAACUUUUCCCUUAAUCAACAUAUUAGGAAUGGCGCAAUCUUAUUGAGAAAUAACUUAUUGCUCAAUUUACUAUUAAAAUAAAAACAACUAAGAAUGAAUGUCAACAGCAAAUCAGGUUAUCAAAUAAUCUCCGGGUUCCCAAACUGAUUAUAAAAUAUAACAAAACAUUUAUUAAAGUACUAAAUUGUUUGUAACAAUUUUACAUUUUGUUGUAAACUGACGUACUGUUGAGUGUACGAUACAGCUGGACGUUAGUUAGACCAUAUGUCAAAUUACCGCAAUUGAUUUUGAACUCUAUCUUCAAUGCAUUAAGGUUUAGAAUAGAGUUGGGAGAAUUGUCAGUUAUGUAUAACAUGGCGUGCUAUUGACUGCACAAUUUUUACAAAAAUGUUAUAGUACUGUACAUUUGUAUUAUACUUAAUUGUUCAUUGAAUGUAGCAUAUUUGUCUAGCUUACUGUUUUUAAGACAAUAACUUAGGAUUCCACAUUUUUGUUACACAAGGGGUUCUAAGCCAAUAGGAGCAGCUAUUUACAAAAAGUAAACAUAAACAUUACUUAUAAGCAUUGCAAAUGUAAUUUUAGCACAAAAUGGGUUUAUUUAUUAUCGAACCAAAACAUUCCUUUUUUUGUUUGAAUCUUAAGAAUGUUAUACAUUGAAAUCGUAUCGACUGAAUGUGAUAUUAUUACUAAUACACCAUACAGGAUUUUUUAACAAUGGAAUUCUGUAUUCUUCUUUGAUGUUACCUUAAAGUUUGAUAUUUGUUGAAUAAGCUUUAAUAAUGUCAAUCCAAUGUUCAAACUAUUCCAAUCGAUGUCAUUGUUAUUUUAUACUAUUGCAUAAUAUACGGUUAUUAUUUCUAUUUACAGU